AUGAAGGUCAACGGCGACAUUGGUUCUUCUUAUUUGAUAAUCGAAAUCAAGAUCCCUUUGGUAAUUAAGGAAAAUUUUGAACUGGAUAGAGUAAUAACCCUUCCUCAGCAGCAUUAUAACGUAGAAUUUAUCGCACCAUACAUUGCAUUCAAUCUACAAAAGGACUUACUACUCAUCUUGACAGAAUCAGAUGUAGAAAAUUGUGUCCACAUACAGACAAACAAAUUAUUAUGCGCUCUCGAUAAGCCGAUAUACGAAUUACAAAUAACCAGCGGAAUGUGUAACUUGAGUAUACACAAUACAACAAUAUGUAAAACAAAGGAGGCACCAUGUCGCGUGCGCUGGGUCAAGUUACAUAACAAUAACAUGUGGCUUUAUUCCUGCUGUGGGAAAUGCACAGUGCGCAUAUUUUGCAUUGACACUGGAGUUGUAUUGACAACACUGACCGGGAAUGGCCUUUUACAAAUCGGUCAAGGUUGUACAAUAAAAGGUGACACCUUCUCUAUAUUCACUCAAAAUAGUUACAUGAGCCAAGUUAAGGUCCAAGAAAACAUACCGAUCCCAGCCGAUUAUUCAAUAUUAAAUUCCAUAAUAAAUACUUCGGAUUUCCAACUGUUUACACCCGAGGAUCAUGAAGACUUGUGGCGCCGGAUGAAGUCUCAGAUCAUUAACCUCAAGGAGCAGGAAAACGCAUCACUCAGUAUACACGAUAUACAUCAGUACUCUGUCUUGUAUAUAAUCUUAGGGUCUAUCAUUGUUGCGGGAUGUCUCUACGGUACCAUGCGAUAUCGCAGAAACAAAAUUAUACAGAGCAGUGCUGUGAAAGACGUCUCCACGACCGCAGUCCCAGUUGCAGCAGAUAAGAACGAAGACCAGGAGGCCCCUGCUCCCCCGAGCGCGCGACCGCGAUUCGUUCGACUGGACAUACCAAUUAAAGAGUAG